CUGAUGUUUAACUAAUAAAUAAUGGCGGGGCAGAGACGCGUUCACGACGCGGUUAUCACCUGAUCUGCCCGCUGGCACGCGUUGUUGAUAUAACCUGUUCGGGACUAGUUUUGUCCCAGCCUGAGGCAAUCAUGUCAACCACCAAAACAACACCAGCCCCGGCAACCCUCCAGCAGCAGCAUUAUUUGCGACUCUACCGGCCGCAUUUUUCUUUCAACAUCCCACAACGCUGACUUUUCUUGCUCACUCAAUUCACGUUCUCUUUACUUUCUUUUCUUCUAUUUUCUUGGUGUUUGGAACAAGUUUCUUGACCCAACGGGAGUGAUUAGGGUGACCUGAUCUUGCGUCAUUACCGUUCAUAGAACAUACUAUACUUCAUUCUUUUGAGGCUAAGUCCGGCUGCGCGCACAGCAGAACCUCACCACGAUGGUCUCCGGCUUUCGACGGCUUGCCGCCGAUCACGCUGCCCUUCACAACCAGGAUCUGCCCCCGAAUUACCUCUUCCUACCGAAAACUGCGCUGUCAUCGUCGUCUGAUGACUUGACUCAGCUCACCAUCCUGCUGGCUGGACCCCAAGGCACUCCUUACUCUCAAGGUCUAUGGCGGCUUCACCUGAAGGUGCCGGAGGACUACCCGAAAAGUCCACCAAAGGCAUCUUUCAAGACCCGCAUAUGGCAUCCGAAUGUCGAUGAAGCGACAGGAUCUGUUUGUGUUGAUACGCUCAAGAGAGAUUGGAAACCCACCUUGACGCUGAGAGAUGUCUUGGUUACAAUCUCAUGCCUUCUCAUCUACCCCAACCCCGACUCUGCGCUGAACUCGGCGGCUGGCGCUCUGUUGCAAGAAGACUAUGAGACCUUCUCCCGCCAGGCAAAACUCAUGACCUCGAUCCAUGCCCCCGUGCCAGCUGACAUGAAGGAGGCUGUGCUUGAGGCGAAACGAAGGGGAGAAGAUGCAGGCACGACUAUUCGCGAGGACGAUGAACCUCGACCAACCGGACUGCGAAAAGCGUCUACCACGCAUAAAGUUAUUAUGAAAAAGAAACCGGCAAAGGACGGGCACGGAAGCAUCCAACCAGUGGAACCAGUGAGACCCCAAGUUGGCAGAAGUGCUGUAGAUGAAACGAGUGCUGGAGAGCAGGAUGUGAACAUGGAUAUGUCUGAAGACGAGGAUGUCGAUCCAGCAAGCGCUUCGAAAGAGAAUGAUCCGUCUCUAUCGCCCUCGCCAGUGGCCAUUGUUCCACCGAGCCCUAGGAAGAGCGUUCAGGGGAAGAGGCCUCUUUCUGUCCUAGCGACAUCAACAGACCCAGACAUGGUCAUGGUCGACGCGGACGAUGAUGAAUUCGACGGGAUGACUGCCUCAGAGAAGAACAUUGCUGCGAACGUACCUAUCGAGGGCGGCCAAUACCAUCUGUUACCGAGAAAGGCAUCAAAGUUAGGCGAGUUAAGCAGAGGAGCCAACGCACAGGAAGCCACAGACUUUACUGCUUCGGCCAGACAACAAGUCUACGACGAUCUCAACGAGUCACUCCGCAUCCCACGCCGCAACAGUGGCGAAGGCAAAGAGAACUAUGGAUUGAGCGCAGGUUCGAAGGAGAAAAGCACAUCGAUGAAAAGGGCUUUGACGGGACCCGCGAGUCCUACCUCUUCAACACUACCACCGACUUCCACAUUGCUCCAUCCUUCAAAAGUCUCCAAACCCGCUUCUGGCAUUCGCAAAGUGUCUGCAGCUGCUGGAAAGGCCAAACCCAGAGUGGGUGUCCGCAGACUAUGAGCAUCAUAAUAUCAUAUCUGUGUCGCAUCCUUGCUUCGGUAACAACAACAUCAUAAAGCACGCAUGAGACCGAUCAUAUGUGCAUACCGAUCGGGGCUACUGCACGGUGCAUUGGAGUUUUGC